AUGGCAUCGUUUGCAACACCUCUGCGACUUGGGCCUCUGCUUUUAAAAAAUCGCGUCAUCAUGGCAUCGUUAACUCGUGAUAGAAAUCGUGUUCCCGGUCCUCUUCAGGUCGAAUACUAUACUCAACGAGCUGGCGCCGGUCUCAUUCUCACCGAAGGUACUUUCAUCGAACCAAUCGGAGCAGAAUGGUCCAAUGCACCUGGUAUCUAUUCUGAUGAACAAGUAGCUGGCUGGAAGAAAGUGGUGGAUAGUGUCCACAAUCACAAUGGUCGAAUCUUUCUUCAGCUGUGGCAUAUCGGACGAGUGGCUCAUCCACUUCUGCAAGACGGUCGACCGAAUGUUGCUCCAUCAGCAAUUGCGGCCAAGGGUGGAAAGUUCCGACAACUGGAAGGUACUCCUGGAUAUGUGACACCAGUUGCUAUUGAAAAUCCUGAACAUUAUGUUGCAUUAUACAAACGAGCAGCUGAGCGUGCAAAAGAAGCUGGAUUCGAUGGUGUGGAAUUACACGCUGCCAACGGUUACUUGCCACAUCAAUUCAUAGAUAACACAUCGAAUCAACGGACUGAUCAAUGGGGUGGUUCGGCUGAGAACCGAUGUAGAUUUCCGUUACGAAUCAUUGACGAAAUAGCUUCUGUCUAUGGAAAUGAUCGUGUUGGAAUCAAGUUAUCACCGGGUGGUGGUUAUAACGAUAUGGGCAUGACAGAGAAAAACACUGUCGAAACCUAUGGGUAUCUCAUAAAAGAACUCAACGCUCGUCGUAUUGCUUAUAUUCAGAUAGCACGCUACUGGGCUUUGGGAGAUCCCGUUAAGCGUGGAACACCCGUUGAUAUAUUUCAAUGGAGAGGCUUGAUUGAUUCAAGUCAUACAAAAUUUUUUGUAAAUACCGAAUACAACAGCGAGGAUGGUACAAAAGCAUUACAAGACGGCUCAGCUGAUGCUGUUGUGUUUGGAAGAUUUUAUAUUUCAAAUCCUGAUCUUGCUGAACGGUUAAUUAAUAAUCAGGAAUUGAAUACGAACUUUAACGUGAAGGGAUUCUAUGGUGGUAAUGCAGAAGGAUAUACUGAUUAUCCAACAUAUGAACAACAACACAAAGCACAAUAA